AUGGCUCGAGGAAGGAAGCCCACGAAGAAGGCUACCGCGCAAACUAAGCGAAAGCUGAAGCAAGAGACCACUAUGGGCCCCGAGGUCAAAAUCGAGCAAGAAGCCCUGACGGCCGAUUUCCCGCUAUUCCCCGGUUUCUUCGACCACGACCAGGACGCUGAAGGCCAAGAAGAGUUUACUACCGUGGCUGAUUCCCUAUCCUUGAAGGGUCAGGUGUGGCCAGGAAUGGGCAAGAUGGAUCUUGCCAAUGACGAGAUGAGACGCACUCGCAAUCAGCGUAAGCCCAAAUCUGUCAUCGACAAGAUGAAAAGGGCUUCUGAGGGCAUCGUGCCAAAUCAAGUCAUCAUGACGCCUGACUUCAAGGUAGAGAGGGUGAAGGAUGUUUACGACGACAGCUCAUCCCCUAUCCCGGGUCAAGAGGAAUCGACUCCACCACGCAAAGUUCCAAAGCCAAGGCGCAAGAAGGCCACGCCUCUUACUGAGGUUUCGGCCAACGUCCCUAAACAGCGGCGAAACACUGCCCGUGGUCUGAAGUCUAUCACGGGAAAGAGGGCUGAAGUCAUGCCAACGAUUGAAGGCCAGGACGAUUCUGGCACAGCAACUUCGCCAUUCCACUUUCGACAUGGUCACGAUGUUUUUCGUGAUGACGAUGGACACCUAGGGCCGUUUGGUGGCCAGCCCCUUUCCUCUACUCUCAAUGAUAGAAGGUUUGAUCUACGUGAUCGACAUGGAAUGCGCUCAAUGAGCACGACUCCCUCCAACCUUGUCUCUCCGACUCCUCUCGCGAGAGACCUCCCACGGCACUUUACCUCCAGGGAUGGAACCAGUUCGCUUCGGCCAGAGUCGUUCCCACCGGGCUCCUUCGGCCACAUUGAAGCUACGUAUGCGAUGAAAGAUGCAGCCAUCUACAAUGCCUCGCCAAGACUUCCUUUCACCGUUCCUGCUCACAACCAGUUCCACGGGAUUAACCAGGAGCAUUUUCGUUUCUCGUCAGACAACAUGUUCCAUAUGAAACAAGAGGAUUACGCUGGAUCUAUGGCUGGGGACUCAACUCAAGGAACUAACGACAGUCCCUUUACCAGCAUUUCUGGCGCCAACCCCCUUUUUUCUCAAGAUCGGAUCUCCAAGUACAUCGUUCUCCACGCUAUCGUUCUCCCCAAUCAACCGGCCUAG